GCCGCGUCCACGUAGCAAGGUAGUCGUGCUACACGCUCGCUGAGUACCGAGUCUACACAAGUCGCGACUAUAUAUGACUUGCGUGUUCUGUGACUAAUCAUUUGUGACUGUGCUGUGUUAUUUACAAUCAUUAAUUUUCAAACAUGAGCUUCGAAAAAUGUGUCCGUGUAAUACGAACUUAACUAGCACUUCCAAAUCAAUAAAACUAUGAGCCAAGUGUAGACUUAAAGCUAUUUGCCCUAAGCUACUUACAAUGGCUUAAUAGCUAUUCACCUACUACUGUAACUAGAAAUGGUUAGAAAGUGUUAGAAUUUAAAUUAAUAAUGUUGAUAAGAAGAUAAGUCUAGGUCAAAAUGGCAAUGGUAAUAUCACAAACGACGAAGGCAGCCAUUGGUGGGUUCCUGGCUCUGAUGAUACUUGGUGCUGUGCUAGUGGUGGGAGCGGCUUUGGGGUGGUUCGAUCCUAGGAGAGACGAUGAAGAUACUCCAGGAAAAGUCAGCCCUAGGCUGCAGGGAAGAACUUCCUUUGUUACUCAUCGAGCUGUAAAUCCAGAAGAGAAUAGACUUCCAGUUGUGUCACAGUCUUCACCACAUUCUAAUGGAGAGAAAGCGGAGAAUGGAAUCAGUGUAAUGACAUCAGCAUCCUGCAAAUGUAGUCUCAACGACAUCUCCCAAAUCUUAGAGACGAUGCCUGAGCUGAAGGGUCCGCCUGGACCUCAAGGGCCUACAGGUGAUGAUGGAACAACUGGAGCUCCUGGAAAAACGGGUCAAAUCGGAGACCCAGGUCCAGCUGGUCCUCCAGGGCCAAAAGGAGACCGAGGGGAGAGAGGCGAAACGGGGUCACAAGGAGUAGAAGGACAACCAGGACCGAAAGGUGAACCAGGGCUUGACGGUAUCGUUGGACCACAAGGACCCCCUGGUCCACCUGGGCCACCUGGUCCUGCGACUUCUGCACUUAUGGAAUCAACGGGAUUGUACGGGUCCGGUAAUCCUGUGUCUAGGCCUUCGGGGGAAAGAGGUCCUAUGGGCCUCCCCGGCCCUCAGGGCGAGAGGGGUUAUCCAGGGAACAAGGGGGAAAGAGGAUUACAUGGCCCCAAAGGCGACAAAGGCGAACGGGGCAAUGUGGGUCUUAGAGGCCCGCAUGGAGCCAAAGGGGAAAGGGGCCAACCCGGACGCGACGGCUCUCCAGGUUUACCCGGCGCCCACGGUCGUCCAGCUGAAAAGGGCGAGAAAGGCACAAGAGGCCCUCCAGGUCUUCCAGGUCCCGCGGGCUCAGCGAUAUCUGAAAAUUCCGUAUUGGGAGAUAUAGCAAGAAGUGGGCCUCGGGACGUCGCGAGGGGAAUGAAAGGGGAGCGAGGCGAAAAGGGCGAAAAGGGUGAAAAAGGACUGCGAGGAAUGGAAGGUCCCCAAGGUUUCCCUGGUAAUGACGGGAGACCUGGUGAUCGAGGCGACAUUGGACCGUCUGGAUUACCAGGAACACAAGGACCUCCGGGCUUGACUGGACCUAAAGGAGACAGGGGAGAACCGGGCCCUCCGGGUCCUAUAGCUAUAAAUAGGGAAGAAGCUGCGAUUUGGACAAAGGGUGAAAAGGGGGAGGCUGGACCAAGAGGUAAACGGGGCCAUCCGGGACCUCCAGGCCCUCGAGGUCCUCCCGGUGUCCCGGGACCACCCGGAACUCCAGGCACCAAUGGACCCACUGGCGACAUUGGUUUACCCGGAUGGACGGGCCCACCUGGCGCCAAUGGACAACCAGGUCCGCAGGGUCCAAAAGGCGACAAGGGUGAUUCAGGACUGAGCCCGCUCGAUUUGAGCAAGAUAAAAGGCGAAAAAGGCGAUAGGGGAUACGAUGGCACACCUGGAAAAGAAGGACCUAGGGGACCCCAGGGUCCUCCAGGUACGCCGGCGACAAACGUUCAAUAUAUCUCUGUACCCGGCCCGCCUGGACCCCCAGGUCCACCCGGCCCCGCAGGGAGUCUCUUCGCAAAUGAACUUCCCACCGAUACAUUGACCGAUAGCCCCGGAGUUAAUAGACGUGAACCCGGAUCAGGUAAACUUCGAGAUUCUUUGCAAAUUCUGAGGAGCUUAAACCAUCCCAUGCAAUAUCGCCCAGAGCCAUAUGGUUUCCGUGACCCGUUGGACCCCCUUGGGGAAAAUACGGAUUUCGAAGACGAUGAGGAUGGGCGAACUAUUGUCGGGACGGUCAUAUUCAAGACCACACAAUCUCUAAUCCGUCUAGGAACGGCCUGCCCAGUGGGUACAGUUGCAUACAUAAUACAAGAGCAAGCUUUACUGGUUCGUGUCAACAACGGGUGGCAAUACGUAGCGAUGGGAUCCUUGCUGGCUUUAAACACUGCCCCUGCCAAUGGACCAACGAGAACACCAUUCCAAACCAUUCUAGAAACUUCUAGCUUAGUCCAUCACAAGAAUCCAGCUGGGGAGGGACCAGUCUUACGUCUAGCGGCGUUAGAAGAGCCACGCAAUGGUGACAUGCAUGGCGUAGGCAGCACCAAUUAUGACUGUCAGAGAGAAGCUCAGAAAGCUGGUAUCGACGGCACUUAUAGAGUUUUCCUGACUUCCCGAGUCCAAACCAUCGAUUCUAUAGUAAAUUUCAUAGACCGUGAGGUGCCAAUAGUGAACGUGCGAGGUGACGUUCUCUUCAACUCAUGGGGAGAAAUGUUCGAUGGAUCAGGUGCAUUGUUUGCGCAUGCACCAAGGAUCUACAGUUUUAGUGGAAAGAAUGUCUUAACCGACCCGCUAUGGCCAAUAAAAGCUGUUUGGCAUGGCGCGACACCCAAUGGCGAACCAGCUAUGGACGCGUUUUGCGACGCCUGGCAUACAAGCAGCCCUGAUAAAAUGGGUUUGGCGUCAUCACUGCUUUCUAACAAGCUGUUGGAUCAAGAAACAUAUUCGUGUGCCACUAGAUUAAUAACAUUGUGUAUUGAAGCAACGCCAGUUGAUACAGUGAGGAGAAAAAAACGAUCAAAAUAUCCCGGAGAAAAACUCUAUUCCCCAAAAGACUUCGAUGGACAAAUGAACGAAACUAGAGGUGUAUUAUAGAUGUUAUAUUCUAGAUAUUUUUCCAAGUAAGAGGAAAUGUGAAGACUGUAAAUAAAUAUAAAGAUACUGAUCGUAGACGUAUUGAGGUUUAG